AUGGGUUGGCGGAGCCCAUGCCUGGCCUUGGUGGCGGUUCUGAUCCUGGGGCCGGGCCCCUCCUGGCUGUGCCUGCAGUGCGACCCCAAUUUCGCCCUCCGCUUCGCCUCCUACGCCCCCCACCUGAGCCGCAAGUCCUGGGGGCUGGGGGACGUCCCGGCUGCCGGGCGGAGGCUGCGCGGCUGGGCCCAGGACACCCUGGCGGAACUGAACCUGGGGGUCCCGGCAGAGAUCCCGAUGGAGAAACUCCAGGCAAUAGCGACAGUCGUCUAUGGGAAGCUGGACACUCUCUUCAAAGGCAACACUUACAAGCCAGGUGUCCUUCCGGAAAUCCUGCGUUCCAUUUUCGAGGAACAAGUCAAAUUGCUACGGAAUGCCAUCAUCGAAAGUAGAGUGAAGUGUGAACGCCAUUGUGGAAUAAAGCAAUACGAAGCCGUUUCUUGUGUGACGUGCAACACCACCAAGCCAGCUUGCUUUGGAUAUAAUUGCGAGUCCUCUGAAGACUGGGAAGACGCCUUGAAGGGCCUCUACGAAUACAUAUACAGUUUGACAACGAACCCAGGCGAGUGGUCGAUGGCACUGAAGCAACUCCCGGGAUUUAGCCACUGCACAUCUACAAGACCAGAGAACCUGAACUUUACGAGUAUAGAAAGCACCCUCUCGAAAAACUGGCUGAACUUGAUGGCGCUGAAGGAGCUUGAGGGAGAGACCCCCGUUCUCCAGCUCCUCGCCCCGAUCUGCUGAAUUCUUCCCUUUUCCGCAAUGUUCUAUGGAGAGCCCACUUUGAUGUAAUAAAAUUAUGGAUA